AAAAGAUCAUCAUAAGUGGUGCGAUGAGCCAAAUGAGAACCUAGUUCAGUAAUACCGAAAGUACAUCAUCAUAUUUUAGUUCGUUUCUAUGAAAGAGAGACAAGAAAAUGGCAAAUUUGAUUAGAAGAAGUACAAGUAUUGUUCUUCUAGUAAUGUUGUUUAUGAUAAUAUAUGGUGUAGUAGAGAUCAGAGAAAACACUGUUAGUAAUUCUUCUUAUGUUCAUGGAGAAGCCAUUAGUAGUGGUCAUCCAUAUCCUACUCGAAAGUUGAUGAUGGUUGUCCGUGAUGGAUCAACAGUGGAAGCAGAGAUGGGACGAGCACGGAUGCUACGUGUGUCUAGGAACCGGUUUCCUCCUCCAAAGGCCAAUACAACUCCAUACUUCUCUCCUCCUCCUGUUCCGGUACGACGGUCCGCUCCUCUUCAUUAUAAAUAAAAUGGAAGUCCACGGAAUUUUCAUUGUAUGUUAAACUCCAAGAAUUUAUGUAAAUUGUAUUACUAAUAAUUAAAAUAAAUGAUAUUACAUAGAUUUCUAUGAA